UAUUUCAGGCUCAGAGUUGAAAAAUGUUAUCAACAUAAAGCAAGAUUUAAAAUCUUGAAUCUCUCUCUCUCUCUUCUUUUACAACCAGUUUGUCUUUAUGAGAGAGAAACACAGAAAAAGAGAACCUUUGACUAAUUACUCGACGACUUCCCCCCAUUCACCCUGCUCUCUUCAAUCUCUCUGAUUACAGCAAAACCAACAAAUUUUUUGCUUUGCUCUACAUAUUCAAGAUUUUCUUCAAGUGUUUAGCUUGACCGACCCGAACCGGUGCCUAGUUUUAGGAAAUGGAUCGGCCAGUCUCCCUGAUUUCAGCUUCUGCUCUCGUCUGGUUCAUUUUGGUCUUCAACAUCUUGUCAAACGUCUACGGGAAUGCUGAAGGCGACGCAUUGAAUGCACUAAAGACUCAAUUAGGUGAUCCAAAUAAUGUUCUUCAAAGUUGGGAUGCGACUCUCGUAAAUCCGUGUACUUGGUUUCAUGUUACCUGCAACAACGAUAACAGCGUCACAAGAGUUGAUCUUGGAAACGCGAAUUUGUCGGGUCAACUCGUUCCACAGCUUGGUCAACUCACUAAUUUACAAUAUUUGGAACUUUACAGUAAUAACAUUACUGGAAGAAUUCCUAAUGAGCUUGGGAACUUAACGAACUUGGUGAGCUUGGAUCUUUACCUCAACCGGUUAGAUGGCACCAUUCCAGAUACAUUGGGCAAGCUGCAGAGGCUUCGUUUCCUUCGUCUCAACAACAACACUUUGACGGGUACUAUUCCAGUUUCGUUAACGACUAUAACUUCGUUACAAGUUCUUGAUCUAUCAAACAACCUUCUGAGAGGAGAUGUCCCGGUUAAUGGUUCCUUUUCUCUUUUCACACCUAUCAGUUUUGCCAAUAACCCCGAAUUACGAGCUCCUGCAGUUACUCCUCAAACUCCAUCUCCACCGAGCUCCCAGUCUCCUUCUGUCGCGAACAGUGCCACUGGGGCCAUUGCCGGAGGAGUUGCUGCUGGUGCCGCUCUUCUGUUUGCGGGUCCUGCGAUCGCACUUGCUUGGUGGCGACGAAGAAAACCACAGGAUCAUUUCUUUGAUGUACCCGCUGAAGAGGAUCCCGAAGUUCAUUUAGGGCAAUUAAAGAGGUUUUCUCUUCGCGAACUACAAGUUGCAACCGACAAUUUCAGUAAUAGAAACAUUCUUGGGCGUGGUGGAUUCGGAAAGGUUUACAAAGGACGACUUGCCGAUGGCUCUCUGGUAGCCGUAAAACGGCUAAAAGAGGAGCGUACUCAAGGUGGGGAGAUGCAGUUUCAAACGGAGGUCGAAAUGAUCAGUAUGGCCGUUCAUCGAAAUCUACUUCGGUUGCGGGGAUUUUGCAUGACACCCACUGAGCGAUUGCUAGUUUAUCCAUAUAUGGCCAAUGGCAGCGUUGCAUCAUGCUUAAGAGAGAGACCCGAUGCACAAGAUCCGCUAGAUUGGCCAAUACGGAAGCGGAUUGCAUUGGGAUCCGCAAGAGGUCUUGCGUAUUUGCAUGAUCAUUGUGACCCGAAGAUUAUUCAUCGGGAUGUAAAGGCUGCAAAUAUAUUGUUGGAUGAGGAGUUUGAAGCAGUUGUUGGAGAUUUCGGCUUGGCUAAGCUUAUGGAUUAUAAGGAUACCCAUGUUACGACAGCUGUGCGUGGUACGAUCGGACACAUAGCCCCUGAAUACCUAUCGACCGGGAAAUCUUCGGAAAAAACAGAUGUUUUUGGGUACGGUGUGAUGCUUCUCGAGCUUAUAACUGGACAGCGGGCUUUUGAUCUUGCUCGGCUUGCCAACGAUGAUGAUGUCAUGUUGCUUGAUUGGGUGAAAGGACUUUUGAAGGAAAAGAAGUUGGAGACAUUGGUAGACGGUGACCUGAGAGGUAACUACAUCGACGAGGAGGUGGAACAACUGAUACAAGUAGCGUUGUUGUGCACACAAGGGACUCCGUUGGAACGGCCCAAGAUGUCGGAAGUGGUGAGAAUGCUGGAAGGCGAUGGGCUAGCGGAGAGGUGGGAGGAGUGGCAGAAAGAGGAGAUGUUCCGUCAAGACUUCAACUCGACACAUAAUCCAAAUACUGAUUGGAUUAUUGCUGAUUCGACUUACAACCUUCGUCCCGAUGAAUUAUCUGGCCCGAGAUAAUCCAUUGUAUCGAAACCGAUAUUUAUCAUCAACAUUGUGCAUAUGGAAAUUCUUCUUUGUUGUUAUUGUCACCUACGACUCUUUCCUGUGUGUCUAGAGUUUUGGUCUUUCUUGUGUCUAUAGAUUGGCAGGUGGGAGUAAGAAUUUUCCAACCCCAAAUGCUAUUUUAAGUUUUUGUCAUGUAGUAAGCAAACCAGAUGAACAAAUAAAUACAUUUUCUUGCUG